AAUAACUUGUAAGUAAAUUCUUUGCGACGCUCGAGAUAGGUGUGAGCCUAAGGUGUACAGACUGAAUGACGUAUAACACUUUAUACGUCAGUACAUAUUUGAUAAAUAUUCGUAAGUCAACGCUGGACAAGUUUCUUUACAGAGAUAUACAAGUGAUAUUUUAAACCUAUAUACAACACGGUGAUAAAAUCUAAAAAUGCCGCAAGGAAAGCUUAAAGUUAAAACAAAAUUGCCAGUCUCCGCAAAAAAGGCAAAGGCUAAUAAACCCAAGAAGAAAGGCGCUGCUGUUCAAAGACGUGGAAAUGCUCCUGUGCAGCCCAAGAAGACAAAGUUUCAGGAAACCCAGAAAUUGAAGAAGAUGAUUACGAAAACGGUAAACACCGUUGUGGAGGAUGAACUGCGCGAGAGAGCUCUAGAGGGAAGGAAGACUCUCACGAAGAAAGACUCGGCUAGUUCACAAAAGAAAUGAUAUAUUAAGUAACUGCUCUUGCGCUUGCGCAAGUGGCUAAUGUAUUGUAAAUAUUAACUAAACGGUAUUAAUGUUUGUUCGUUAAAUAAGAAAAGGGAUGAAAAA